AUGAGUAUGACUACCGUGACGACACCGCCCACGGCUGCAGCCCAAUUCUUCAACAUACCCGAGCUCGUGGCCUUCGUUGCAGAGUAUGCCUUCUACCCGCACCAAUACGGGAUCAUCCCGACCUUGGCCAGCCUGCGACUUGUGAACUGGAUAUGCUACACCGCAGCGACACCGUAUUGCUACCAAGAGCUGCGUAUUUCUGCAUCCAUAGCCUAUACCCGGUCACGAUGGCGUCUCAACCCGCGGCUCGACCUCGUCAAGCGUGCCUUCUUCAGCUUCUAUGACGGUGUCCGCAAGGAGGAAGAGGCCCUCGGCGCCAUGAUGUCCCAGAUGUCCCGCUUAGAAAGCUUUGUAUACAACGGCCACCCGCUGACGCCGGCUCUGCUCCAGACGCUGAAAGAGUCAUGCCAGAGCCUCAAGGUGCUGCACAUGAAUUACAAGCGCCGCAUUGGACCCUCACCAAGCCUCGGGCUCAACUUUGAUGGCUUCCGUGACCUGCGAGAGCUGAUGCUCUACAACCUCCCCUUCUGCGCCCAUUUCCUCUCCGUUCCCGACCACGAGUGGUGGAUCCCGCGCCUCGCCCGGCUCCUGACCGGCUCCCCAAACCUCCAGAAACUAAGCCUCGGCUUCGAAGAAGCCAUCACCGCCCACCGACAAGCCGAAACCAUGCACAUCUUCGACAAGCUCUGCCACCUCUACCACGCCGCCGGCGGCUCCCCCCUCCCCCUCCAAUCCCUCGAGCUCCUCGGCGGCCUCUACCCCUGCAACCUCACCACCCUCCAGCAACUCAUCAACCUCACCCACCUCCACGACGUCUACAUCGCCGACCCCGCCCGCCGCGACCCCACCACCCCCCCGGGAUCAUCAUCGUCGGAACCACAACCGUGGCGGCGCAUCGCCUACGAAGCCUUCACCCCGCCGCACGCGCCCAACCUGCGCCACCUCCGCACCGACGGCUACUCCCGCGACCUCCACACCCACCUCGCCUCCCUCGCCGACCCCGCCUUCACGCAGCGCCUCGCCAUCGCCUGCAAACACCGAUACGCCGGCACGGGUCUCGACACCUCGGCGCUCCUCCGCCCCAGCCCCCAUUACCCCUCCCUCCCGCUGCAAGUCCGUAUGCUCGACCUAGAACUCUUCCGCGAGCGCAUCUACGGCAGCGAGCGCGAGGUAGCAGUGUCCGCGGCGCAGGUGCUCUCCGAUCUCGUCGCGACAAACGGCGCGACGCUCGAGGGGCUGGCGGUGAACCUGUUCGGCGGUCUGGCUCAGGAGAGGGGUACCAGCCUGGCAGAGGAGCGGUUGGGCUUGCUGGAGCAGGCGCUGGGGGGCUUACCGCGGCUGGAGCAGCUGAGCAUUGGGACGCCGUGGCGGUGCGAUGCGGUGUUUGCCGUGGCGGAGAGGCUCGCGGCGGCGGCGGGGCCGCGGCUGCGGUAUCUGAGUAUUGGGAACUCGUUUAUGCGCGUUAGGCGGAAGGGGGGUGCUGGGGGUGGUGGUGUGCUUGUGAUGGAGAGGAUCGCGCCGUUGGAGGCGGAUGAGGUGGAGUUGUGGAAAUAUAGCUUGAUUAAUCUUACGGAUAUUACGAAAGUGUAUACGGAGUAG